AUGAAUUCCAACAGCAAAAACUCCGUUUCCGGCGAUCUUCUCUCCAAGAAACCUAAAGGAAAGGUCGCUGUCUCCUCCGCCGCACCGAUGAAACCCUCCGCCGCACCGACGAAACCCUCCGCCGCAUCGAUGAAACCCUCCGCCGCAGUGAUGAAACCUAUUGGUCAAUCCGGUGUAUCUUCAGCUAAAGAUGGCUCCGCUGAUUCCUCUUCGAAGAAACGUAAAGGCAAGGACGUUGUCUGCUCCGAUGUCCCCUCCGACAAAAACGAUGGCGUUGUGUUCUUCAAAAAUGUGACGAACGCACUCUCGAAGACACUUAUUGAUCUAGGGAUGCUUCUGAUCGACGAAGAGGGUACUGUGAUUCAGGGAUUCAUCCAACCAUCAAGUAUUGACACUUAUCUGCGACACAUGAUUCCCGGUUCCACCUACAGACUCAACAACUUUUUUGGUUCUAAGACCAAGAAGGUGUACCGGGUUGCUGAUCCAGACGUGACCAUUGCUUUCUCAUGGAACUCUGUCCUCUCUGUUCUCAAAGAAAGUUCGAUUCGGUUUCCUGAAGACCGAUUCCGUUUCCAUGGUUAUGAACAGUUCAAAGCGGCCUGUGACCUCAGAGGGGAUCUUGGUCAUAUGAUGAAGCUCAACAUAUGGGACAAGACAGCAACAGCCUUCUGGGAGAAGUUUAAAUCGCUUGGAAAACCUCCGAGUGUUAUCCUGAUGUUAGUAAGCUGCGUGGGAAUCAUAGUAGUAUUAGGUGUUGAGAACGACUGUGCUUUGUCUCUGUCAUCUCUAUCAUCUUCACGGGUGUUUUUUGAUAUGGAUGUUCAUCCAACCAGGGAGUAUCUGGCUUGGCUUAAAUCAAACUCGGAAGUUGCUUAUAGAGUUAAUGCUGAGAUUGUCACCAAGGCUGAGACAGCUACUAUAGGGGAGCUACUCACUUACAUGAAGCAGGAAGAAGCGAAGGUCGCUUGGUUUGAGUGUACGGCCACCAUUGAUGAUGUUGUGCGUGGUUCAGCAUGGUAUUACAUUUCUUGUGGUGGGUGCAAGACUAAGGCAACUAAAGGACCUACCACGCUUAUGUGUAAGAAGUGUAGAAAGACUGAGAUUACUGGUGCUGCAGAGUAA